GAACAACCUUCAAACUCGAUAGACGGCAGGGGCACAUUAGCCCUUAUUGACAGAUCCAAAAAUCGCCAAUGUCAUGUCCUAAUGGACAAUCACAAAUACGGUGCCAUUCGCCUUUGAAUGAUAUGCUGCCUAUAGCACCAGUCACCUAUUAAAUGACGUAACCUUAGCCCUUACAUGCAUAAAUGUGAUUUUGGUGAAGGUUAGCACUUACGCAUCGUGCUGGGACAUUCGUUAUAAUAUCUUGGACAGGAGCAGCCAUUGCCGCGGUAGUCAUGGAUGCAACUAAGAUUAAGAAGGAUUUCAUGUCUUCCGAAUCUUCAGAAUAUAACAGGCUUUCAAUGUUGGGAAAAUGUGUGUGUGGAGCAAGUGUGUUCCAAUAAUUCCACCUCAGGGUGCCUGUCGAUGUUAAGGAUAAGACUUCUUGAGAGACCAGAGAUGAGAUACAUUAAGGUUCAAGACGGCCAGAGAUGGUAUGCACCAUUUUAUAGUCGGACCACCAUGCUCGUUGCUUGGUAUGUGAUCUUUUUGGCUUCGCUGCAUGCUUUGAGAAACGGACACGCCGAUGUUUGCUCACUAUUGGAAGCAACCAGAAACAACAUGGCCAAUCAGGAACUACAGGUAAGCCAACAUGUUAAUGAUGAGACUAAGGAAGAUGGAUUUAUCCCUAUUUGCCGAGGAGUCUUCACUUCUAUUGGUUACAGGUCCACUGCUUGCUCGCACCAGCUGGGAAGUAAGGCUCAUGAUGGUCACAUGGACACACCUCAUCGUCAACUCUUCAGGUCAGUGGAACAUUGCACUGUAGGGCAAACUCAGCCAGCCUCAUGGAGUCAUGAGGUCUCAUCCAUCGCCUAUUUUGUGGGUUCGUAACGGAUAAUUAAUUUUGGCGUGGAUGGAUAGGCCGCUGCGGCCCAGAGUGACUUAGUAAACACAUCAAGUAAAGCAGUAUAUAGAAAGAAGAUCAU